AAACCAUCAAUAAAAACUAAAUAAUUUAAAACUGAAAUUGUUUGACAGGAAAUUGUUUGACACUGGACUGAUAUGAAGCAGUUUCCUAGAAAGGAAGUGAGUAUCAUUAUCCUGUUUUUGCUAACAUGUAGAGGGCUCAACUUAUCUGUGCUUAAUGUUGUUUCCAAUGUGAUGGUCUGGCAUAAAGCUUUCAACUACUGCCGGAAUGACAGUUCAGACGCAGCAGCUGUUGCUGCUGUGAAUCAGCUAAUGCUAAAACUAAAUAUUUCUGGAAAGGAUAACUUUUGUACCGAUUUGAGUUUUUAUGAAGUGAAAUGGCAGUGGUCCAACAAGGAUGAAGUUACAUAUUCAAACUGGAAAAGAGAUUUCUUCUGUGGUUUUGUCCAGUCUGAUGGUACCUGGAAUGAUUCAGUUUGUUAUGACCAAAAACCUUUCAUGUGCUACCAAGAAAAUAGCAACAUAAAUGAGAGAUAUGUUUGGAUAAAUAGCAGAAUGAACUGGAGCAGUGCUCAGAACUACUGUCAAGUGAACUACACAGACCUGGUCAGUAUAAGAAAUGAGAAUGAAAAUCAGCAGAUAAUGGAGAAAGCACAAGGCAGUCCAUUUUGGAUUGGUCUGUUCAACAACCCUUGGAAGUGGUCUGAUGGAGAGAAUUCAAUAUUUCAAAUCUGGACACAAAAUCAGCCAGAUAAUUAUCUUCGUAAUGAAGCAUGUGUGGAGAUUUUGUCAGAUGGAUCAUGGAAUGAUGAUUUCUGUGGGAAAAAGAACUACUUUUUCUGCACUAACAAGUCUAAAGUGACCACAUCAUUCGACUUGGUAGAAUAUUCACUGUCAUGGCUUGAUGCCCAGAGGUACUGCAGAGCAAACUACACAGAUUUGAUGACAGUGGAGAACCAAACAGAAAAUCAGAAGCUGCAAAAACCACCACAAGAUCAAGGUUAUUGGAUUGGUCUCAGCCAUGAAAAUGAUAACUGGCAGUGGUCAAACAAAAGUCCCCUCACAUAUACAAACUGGAGACGAGAGUUUUCAUGUGCAGUGCUCCAGUCCGAUGGUUCUUGGAAUGACUCAGACUGCAGUGAAGAGAAACCUUUCAUGUGCUACAACGAAAUGGAAUACAUUCGCACUUAUAUUUGGAUAAAUGAGAGGAUGAACUGGACCAGAGCUCAGAACUACUGUCGAAUGAACUACAAAGACCUGGUCAGUAUAAGAGAUGAGAGUGAAAAUGAGGAGAUAAGGAACAAAGCACAAAACUCACCUUUCUGGAUUGGCCUAUUCAAUAAUUCACGAAAGUGGUCUGAUGGUGACAAAUCAACGCUUACAAGUAACAGCAAUCAAUCACAAUUACCAGACAAUGAACAGCAUCCUGAAAAUUGCACUGAGGUUAAAAUUAAUGGAUGUUGUGUUAUAACUCAAUACAGUACAGAGAAGCACUUAAUUUGCUCCCAGGUUGGCUGGAAUGUGACCUUAGUCAACGACAGUUCCACUUGGGAAGAGGCUGUGGACUACUGUAGAAAUAAGAACUCCCAUCUCAUCAGCAUUUCCUCAGAGAUGGAGCAGAAUACAAUAGCUACAUUAGUAAACACCACCAAAUCAUCCAGUGUGUGGCUGGGACUAAGACAAAGCCGUGUGUUUGGAUUCUGGUUCUGGACAGAUGAAAUGCCCUUGAGUUACCAAAACUGGACCAGUGGUUCACCCCCACAGAUCUCUUUCUCCAACCAUUGUGCUGUCAUCUCUAAAGAUAACAACUUCCUUUGGGCUUCCGUUUCUUGCUUAGAGAAACACCCCUUCAUUUGUAGAUCUCCUUUGAUCUCAAAUUAAAAUCCUCUUACUUGGUUUUUACAUUUCUGAUUUUAUUUAUUUAUUUUCUUGAGUGUUGUCCUGCUUUACCUCUAAUAUUGCAGAACCAGGCUGUUGUCCUUGAAUUGAAAGAAGAGAGCGAGUAUAAGGUGGUGCCCUUCUCUAGACUUCUAUUUUAUCUGGUUCAUUUCUACCUUGCCCCUUGUUCUGUUUAGAUGCACUCCAAGCAGAAGAUACCUAGAUCAGACAAAUAAAUAAUCGUGUAUUUUAAAGGGGAACGGAUACUUUUUAGUCUUUUAAUAGCCAAAAGCACUCUUUCAGAAAACAGCAGUAUGACACAAUGCAGCCAUUUU